ACUGCUGCGUUCGUUGCUCGGGACAGCAUGGCCACUUAUUCCGCCAUCGGUGCCGAGCCGAACGAAACCUCAGAUCCAAUGUCCUCGAGCACCGGUUCUUUGCGAGGGAGAAGGCGCGGUCGGGGCAAACUUGAUGCUGGCAAUCAUGGCCAGGCAUCAUGGAUCUCGAGUGUGAUCAACCUAGUCAAUACCAUUCUUGGGGCUGGACUGCUCGCUAUGCCUUCGGCGCUCUCAAAAAUGGGCAUCUUCCUCGGCAUAUUCGUGAUCGCGUGGGCAGGAACGACCGCAGCAUUUGGCUUAUAUCUCCAAACCCGAUGCGCAAGAUAUAUCGAACGAGGACAUGUGUCGUUUGCAGCGCUGUCGCAACUUACCUAUCCUAAUCUCUCUAUUCUUUUCGAUGCCGCCAUCGCCAUCAAGUGUUUCGGCGUGGCUGUCAGCUAUCUGAUCAUCAUCGGUGAUCUCAUGCCAGGCGUCGUGGUCGGGUUUGCGCCAGGAGCUGGGGAGAUUGCCUUCUUGAUGGACCGUCAGUUCUGGGUUACUGCAUUCAUGCUCAUCGUUAUCCCACUAUCGUUCUUGCGCCGAUUGGAUUCCUUGAAGUACACCAGCGUCAUCGCUCUGUGCUCCAUCGCUUACCUGGUUGUUCUGGUGGUCGCUCACUACAUAAAAGGCAAUACUCUGCAGGAUCGCGGUCAGGUUCGCGUUUUCCGCUGGGCAGGACCAGUCUCCGCCAUGGCCGCCUUUCCCGUCAUUGUGUUUGCCUACACAUGCCACCAGAACAUGUUUUCCAUUCUCAACGAAAUUUCCGAUAACUCACACUUCCGCACUACCUCCGUCAUUUUCGCCUCCAUUGGCUCUGCCUGUGCUUUGUAUAUACUUACUGGCAUCACUGGCUACCUUUCCUACGGCGACAACAUCAAGGGCAACAUCGUCUCCAUGUACCCUACUGCGGCCGCCUCCACUAUUGGUCGUCUUGCGAUCGUGAUCCUAGUCAUGUUCUCCUAUCCCCUCCAGAUUCACCCCUGCCGCGCAAGCAUAGAUGCGUGCUUAAAGUGGCGGCCACGCCGCAAGCCCCAGGGUGAGGAUAGCCCGUCCCGGGGAAGUCUCCUAAAUCAACCCCCCAAGCAAACCGUGAAGAACGAAAUGAGUGAUAUGCGCUUUGCAGUCAUCUCCACCGUCCUCAUCAUCCUCUCCUUUAUCACCGCCAUGACCGUCUCUUCCCUCGAGAAAGUCCUCGCGUACGUCGGCUCAACAGGCUCCACUACCAUCUCCUUCAUCUUGCCUGGCCUAUUCUAUUAUAAGAUUUCGGAUCCGGAUAGUCCCCACCAUCAGCGCCUUGUCAAGGAUGAAGACGACGAGGACGAGUUUGAUUCCGCGGACGCCGAGGGUUAUGUCAUGAGUGAUGCCCAUCGGAGCAGGAAUUGGCGCCGAGGCUUGCUGAGGAGUUUGAGCAUGGCACUUGCUGUGUACGGGUUCUGUGUUAUGAUUACGUGUCUGAUAACUAAUAUCUUCUUGGUAACGGCGCACUGA